CUUUAUCCGAUCCGAUCCCAUGCAUGCAUGCUUGAUUACAGCUACAGCGAGAAUCUUCAGGCGCAGCACACGUGUGAAGUAGAACUCACUCCAGACAAAAAUAUAUCAUGGAUUCUUUUGGAUCGUCUGGCAUGUCAGGGGGUGGGAAAAUGGAUAGUGCUAAAAAGGGUCAGAUAAUGGAAGAAGUCAGGACACAAAUUGCAUUAGCAAAUGCCCAAGAAUUAUUACAGAAAAUGACUGAUAAAUGCUUCAAGAAGUGUGUGUAUAAGCCAGGAACAACAUUAGAUAACUCAGAACAGAAAUGCAUAGCAAUGUGUAUGGAUAGAUACAUGGACUCCUGGAACACCGUCUCAAAGGCGUAUAACAUGAGACUCCAACGGGAGCAUAAUAAACUCUCAUAACGUCCAGGACUUUAGAUAGUUAGUUUUGUACAUGAGUUCGUCCUACAGUGAUUAUCAGAUGCGAUGGCCUGCAGUAUGAACAAGGUGAUCGGUGAAUGUGUGAUUGAUGAGAUUGACAAGUAGAAAUCACAAUUUUGAAUUUGCAGAGCCAGAAGGAUGCUAUGACCCUUGACAACAAACGGUUGGCCGACAUGCUUCCCACAAGAGAGGCCUAUAUGUUGACGAUAUAGUAGUAAAGUCGUUCUUCCAUGUAACCAAUUGUUUUAAUGCCCUACUGUCUCUCAUUAGUCAUGUUUGGUUUGUGAAAGAUGGUCAUCAGUAUCGAUAUCAGGCGGAUGUUUCAUAAAGCUGUUUGUAAAUUAUAUGUUAACUUUAUGCAUGACUGGAACAUGUUCCCUAUAUGUGCUAAGUCCGCUAUGUAGGGAUUUGGUCUGUGCCAUUUAGCACAAGAAUUAGUCACCAGUCAUGUGUAAAUUAAUUUAUAAGUGGUCUACUUUCAAUUGGUCUAAUGCCAAUUCGUCCAAUUGCCAACUCAUCUACUAGCAUUCAGUCAACCAUCAGUUCAUCCACUAUCCACAUGGUCUAAUUUCCAUUUCAUUCUCUCACCAUUUAGUGUAAUAACCAGUUGGUCCAAUAGCCAUUUAGUCCAUAUACCAUUUGUUCGAAAUAGACUAAGUGUUAAUUGGGCAAAAUGAAUAAAAAUAACAUAGGUAUUAGACCAACUGGUUUAAGAUGAAAUGGUCAUAGACGAACUGUUGAUGAGAUGAAGUGAUGAUUUGACCAAGUGGUUAUUGGACUAAAUGGUUCUUAGACGAAAUGUUGAUGGGUGGAUUGGCAUUAGACUAAAUAAAGGUAGAUCAUAUGAUGAGUGGACAAGUUGGCAAUAAACCCAUUGGCAAUUAACCUUUAUAAGUUACAAAUAACUUCAUGAAACACAUUGGCCCGUAUUCUGAACUCGGGUUUAUUUUAAACCCUGGUUUAAAGUUGUGGUUUAAUUAUGGAGAGCCAGUUGGGGCACGAAUCCCUAACAGUACACAUCCAUUAACUCAUAUGACACCCCUAUUGUCUGGGAGUGAUAACUGAAGUAUUUUAAUGUAUUUUUCAUCAUUAUGAAAGCAAAAGGAAACUAAAUAGUAAACAUAAGAAAUAUAAACAAAAUUUUUGAACUUUUGGCUCCCCAUAAUUUUAGCACAGAGUUAGACCGUGGUCCAAAUUAAACCUGACUUCAGAAUAUGGGCCAUAAUCUUUACAUAACUUCCAACAGUCUGUUGACCGCACUCCAAAGAGAAUUCUUUCCAAUUAACAUAUUUGGUUUCACUAGCAAACAUGUUAUUAUAUCAUGAGGUGAAAGAAUGGGCCAAACUUGAGAUCAAAUUAUGUAAACUGGAAAGGAAUAAACUAAUAGCAAGAUUGUUCGAGUUACUUUAAGUGAGGUCAACUCUGGCAGAUUUGGCUGAGAGGUUUUAAAAAUCAAAUCAGAAUAUACUAGUAAGUAAUUGAAAUGUUUGUUGAAUACUUUUUUAACUGCAAGGCUUCAAUAUUUUUAAAGAAUAUAGCUUAAACUGUUGAUUAAUCAUUGUUUCUUUUAUAAUAUUAUGUAGCAUUGCUCAAUUAAAGUUAAAUUCUAAGUUGGUUGUAUAACUUCCAUUGACUUGAUGUGUUUAGUGUAUGAUGUAAAACUUUCCUGUUCUCAUACAUGUAUCUGAUCCAUACCCCCAAUCAUAUGAUGGGUAUUUGAAAUAUUGAGGCAUUCCAAUGUGUAGUCUCUCUGUACCAGCUACCCUACAUCUGUAUUCAUAACUUAUACAGGUGGGAUUUAAUAAUUUACAGAUAUAUGACAUUUUUCUCUCCAUGUCUGUCAUGCCCUUAUGUUAAUCUGCUGUGCAAAUCCUUCACUCGAGUCUAGAUGUGCAGCCUACAAUGCCUUGUGUACUUCAGGCCCUCUAAUUGAAACAGCAAAUUGUUGUAUGUGCUAGAGACCCACUUGUUGAAAAAGUCUAAAUCAGGGUCUGGGCCUGCAGACUAGUCAUGCCCUACUUUGGCACAAUUAAUCCUCAUUCAGGCUUGCAGCAACAUUUUGUGAUAGAUAAAAUCAAUGGGAUAUGAAAUGUUGACAUCAAUCCUAUUCAAACGAUUGGCCAAAAUCCAUCACAAGACCAGUCGUUUAUUUCAGCAAAUAGCAGAAUUUGCUAACUACUGGGACUAAUAACUGCAUGUAAUUCUUAAGAAUGGCCAUACAGCAUAUCUUCUGCCUUUGCCCCAUGUUUUGUUACAAGCCGUUGUCAAUAAUUGCUCAGAUUUUUGAGACGAAAUUACAACAUAACAUAGCAUGCUCAUGACAUCGUAAUGAACUCAAAUGUUUUGUUAAUAGUUUACAUUUGCAAACAUUUUAAGAUUUGAAAUAUGUAAUGCAUGUCAAUGACAUGUAGCAUCAGGGAGGUGAUUUAUCUCGCCACACCCGAACACUGAAAAAUGUUGCUAAGCUUUCUUUCGACAGAUCUAAAUGAAUCUUUAGUUUGAUCUAUUCAUUUUAGAUUAUUCCCAGAGGUCAAUCAGGCCCUUUCUCUCGCAUCUUGUCACUUGUGAAGGAACCAAACUAUCAUUGUGAAUUGAAUUCACCAAAUUUGUAUAUUAAAAGAAAAUUUAAAUUA